AUGGCGGCUGUGGAUGGUUUGCAGUUUUGUGACCCUCCUGACACUUUCAUUAAAUCCAAAUUUGCUCGUAUCAGGGAAUUCCUUAAAAAAUGGAGAGAUGAAUUUUUGAUUAAGGAAAGAGAAAGUGAAUCUUUGGCCAUUUCGGAGCUGGAAAAGCUGGAAGAAGAAAUGGAAUUGAGGGAUUUAUCGGAAGAGGAAGAAUGGGUUAUGUCGGAAAAUAGGAAAAUUAUUCAAGAAAUCGAUGAUAGAAAGAGAGCGGACACUAAACAAAGAGCGCGAAUAAGGUGGGCCGUUGACGGAGACGAGAAUUCUAAGUUCUUCCACGCUUUGGUUAAUAACAGGAAAGCCUCAAACAACAAUCACGGCCUCUCUAUUGAUGGAGAAUGGUGUACUAAACCGGUUAAAAUUAAAAAGGAGAUUUUUUCGUUCUUCCGUGAUAAAUUCAAAGAGAAGAUUAGAAAUGAGGUUUUUGAAUGUGGAGAGGAUCGGGCCCCUGGUCCUGAUGGCUUCAACUUUAAAUUCAUCAAACAUUUUUGGGAAAUUUUCAAAGAUGAUUUCUUUAGAAUUUUCGCUUGGUUCCACAAUCACGGUGUGAUUAAUGACGGGUGUGUUGCGUCGUUUAUUGCGCUUAUAGCGAAAAUCUCGGACCCGGUUUCGCUCAAUAAUUACAGACCUAUUAAUUUGGUCGGUGUUAUAUGCAAGUGGGAUGAAAAUGGUGGAGGUGGGAGGAGGGUGUUAGGCCGUGAGGAAGAAGAGAAGAGGGAGGAAGAAGAAGGUGUUGGUGAGAAUGACAUCUAA